AUGGAGGAGGAAAAUCAGACUGGAGUGGUAUACUUCCACUUCUGCCCCUUUUCAACCAACUCCACAGUAGCUUCUCUGGUGUUUGUGGGCUUCUUGCUCCUGUAUCUAGGAAGCCUCAUUGGAAACCUCACCAUUGGGCUCACCGUCUGGCAGGAUCACUCACUCCAUACCCCAAUGUACUUCUUCCUUUUUGUGUUGGCCACGCUAGAGCUUGGCUAUUCCACCAACAUUGCUCCAUUGACUCUGGCCAGCAUCCUCUCCAUGGGGAAGAUGCUUAUCUCUCUGCCCAGCUGUGGGGCCCAGAUGUUCUUCUUCAUCCUUCUAGGAGGAUCUGACUGUGUCUUGCUCGCCAUCAUGGCCUAUGACAGGUAUGUGGCCAUCUGUCAUCCACUGCAUUACAGCCUCAUUAUGAGCUGGCAGCUGUGUGGGCAGAUGACUUUAGGUUCUCUGGGGCUGGGAUUCCUAUUGUCACUGCCUUUGACCAUUCUGAUUUGCCACCUUCCAUUCUGUGGCCACAAUGAAAUCUACCACUUCUUCUGCGACAUGCCUGCAGUCAUGCGCCUGGCCUGUACAGACACCCGCAUACAUCAGGCAGCUCUCUUUGCCAUCAGCAUGGCUGCAGUGGCCAUUCCUUUUCUCCUUAUCUGUCUAUCCUAUGGUUGCAUCGUGGCUACCAUCCUGAGGAUGAAGUCAACAGAGGGGAAGCGUCGGGCCUUCUCCACCUGCUCCUCACAUCUCCUAGUGGUUGUCCUGCAGUAUGGGUGUUGCACCCUUAUCUACCUUCGCCCAAGUUCCAGCUACACCCCAGAGGAAGGCCGGGCAGUAUCUGUUGUCUAUACUUUUUUCUCCCCAUUGCUGAAUCCCUUAAUCUACAGCAUAAGGAACCAAGAGGUGGCUGUUGCAGUCAAAAGACUUUUGGCAAGAAUGUUCUGGCUCAGGAAGCCAGAAACAUUCCUUCCCGGGAAAAUUAUUCACUAA